AAUAUCAAACACAUCACAUCUCUCAGAGUUUCUUUGUAAUCAAAAUCAAUGGCAGGUAUCAAAGUUUUCGGACAUCCUGCUUCGGCUCCCACGAUGAGAGUCCUCCUCGCCCUCCACGAGAAAAACCUUGACUUUGAGUUCGUUCAUGUCGACCUCAUGGGAGGUGAGCACAAGAAAGAGGCUUUCCUAGCCCGCAACCCUUUUGGUCAAGUUCCAGCCUUUGAAGAUGGAGACCUCAAGCUCUUUGAAUCAAGAGCGAUUACUCAGUACAUAGCUCACCGAUACGAAGGCCAAGGAACCAACCUUCUCCCGGCCGACUCCAAGAACAUAGCCCAAUAUUCAAUCAUGGCCAUUGGAAUGCAAGUAGAAGCUCACCAGUUCGAGCCAGUGGCUUCAAAACUUGUUUCUGAACAAGUAUUUAAGCUCAAGAAAGGCUUGACCACAGACCAAGCCGUUGUUGCCGAAGAGGAGGCUAAGUUAGCCAAGGUCCUUGAUGUUUACGAGGCUCGGCUCAAGGAGUUCAAGUACUUGGCUGGAGACACUUUUACUUUGACCGAUCUUCACCACAUUCCUACGAUUAAAUACUUGCUUGGAACUCCCACUAAGAAGCUCUUCACCGAGCGUCCACGUGUCAGCGAGUGGGUGGCAGAGAUCACCAAGAGGCCAGCUUCCCAGAAGAUCCUUCAGUGAGGAAUAUCUAAAAGGCUCUUCUUCAGUAACAGUAAUAAUACUCAGAGUAAAUAAGUGGCUACCUCAUUGCCCCAUUUCUCAGUACUCUGUUUUUUUUUUUCUGUUUUUAUUCUAUGUAUGUGUUCUGGAGAGAUCUUUGUUGAAUUAAAAACUACAUCUACCUAAUCUUCAAGCUUUUCUGUAAUAAAAAAGAUUAGUUACUUAUUUAAUACAAAGGUUGC